AUGCCACAUGCCGUGUCCAUGCCUGCGACGGGCCUGCAGGCCAUCAUCCUCUGCGGGCCUGGAUCGUCCUUCCCAACGUUCACAGCAAACCCUGAUGAGCACCCCAAAGCUCUUCUUCCGGUCGCCAACCGGCCCAUGGUCUGGUAUCCCAUCGAUUUCUGCUACCGGAUGGGCAUCACCAAUACCACAAUAAUAUGUCCUCCCUCUGCGGAGAAAGCCAUCUCCACGGCUCUGAACACCAAUCCCUUCCUCACAAGCCUGCCACAUCCGCGUCCUGAUCUUUUGGCACCCAAGGAACUGGACCAGAACACUGGCACAGCCGAGAUUUUGAGGCUCCCAGAGGUCAGAGAGCUCAUCACAUCAGACUUUGUCAUUCUCCCUUGUGACCUUGUUUGUGAGCUCGGAGGCGACAAACUACUGCAAGCUUGGAUGGUGCAGGCGUCCUCGCUCUCGGAUCCUCUUUCCGAUGACCCGUCUUCGACUCGCAGUGGGGGCUUGGGAGUAUGGUACGACACAAAAGCUGGGACACCCGUCAAGGGCGAAGAGACGGAUUUCGUAGCAACCACGCCACUUCCGAAGCGGACAACACCUGUCCCGAAAGACUCAUUCCUCUCUCAUCUCUCGAGUGUUGCGCUGUCUAUGCCAACGGACUCCUUGAAAGAUCUGAUGGAGGAAAAGACUGGCCUGCCAAUUCGCCAUGGGCUUCUGCGCAAGCAUCCCAAGUUGCAGAUGCUGACCUCUUACCGCGAUGCCCAUAUCUAUAUCCUACCAAGAUGGAUCAUGGACUUCGUCCAGCAGAACGAACGGCUGGAGAGCAUCGGCGAGGAUGUCAUCGGCUGGUGGGCCAAAGCAACGUGGCAGGACGGCCUGUCCAAGAAGCUUGGGUUGGCAAGUGUGCUUGGAGGUCACGCAACUACCGGUGUUCGAAGUCCCGCCUCUCCGUCGCGGAUGAACGAGUCUAUGGAGCAGUCUCCCGACAUAGGCCCCAGCGAUAGGCAGGUCGAGAUCCCCAAGAUGCUGGCUUACGUCCAUCCAAGUAGUGCCUCGGGGCCCCUCAUCCGGCGCGUGGACACAGCACAACUCUUGCUGUCCGUCUCCUUGCAGAUUGCGAAGCUGCCGUCCCUAGAGGAGACCGGGCCGGACAACGCUUCGCCAUUUGCUCAUGCUAAGAAGGUGGCCUAUCCAGAAGGCGUGAAGCCUCGUACAACGAUAACUAGGCAAGACUCGUUGGUUGCCGACAACGUCAUGGUGGAAGAAAAGACGUCCAUCAAGGAGUGUGUCAUUGGAGCCAACUGCCAGAUCAAAGAAGGCGCAAAGUUAUUCCAAUGUGUUUUGAUGGAUGGCGUUACCGUUGGAAAAGGCUGCAAACUGACACGCUGCAUUCUGGGCAAGAGAAGUGAGAUUGGCGAAGGGUCGACGUUGACAGAGUGUGAGGUUCAGGAGAACCUCCUCGUUGAGGCAAAGACCGAGGACAAGGACAUGAAGUUCAUGAGCUCAUCCGGCCUAGAGGCCAGCGAGCAGGAGAUCGAGGCUUCGAUGGCAGAACAAGACGCCGAGGACGGAGAACAAGAAAAUACCACUUCCGACUUGUAG